CAUUUAAAUAUAAGUACGUUACGGAUUGUAAUCCUUGACAUAAAUUACCUACUAGGAACGUACGACCAGUCAGUUAGUUUUAUAAGCUCAAGAAAAACAAUACAAAAUGUAUAAAAAUAUUGUUACCGCGAUAAUUAGUAUGAUUUCAAUAUGUCAAGCUCUAAACAAAACCUUCACGCAAUGUGAACUGGCUAUAGAACUUAAAACACAAGGAUUUCCUGAGAAUCAGCUAAAAGACUGGGUGUGUAUAGUAGAAGCGGAAAGCUCCCGUCACACAUUUGCGAUUGGUGGACCAGACGAAGACGGAUCCUUCGACUAUGGACUCUUUCAAAUCAACGAUCGUUACUGGUGUAACAACGGUAGCAACCCUGGGAAAGGAUGCAACGUUAGAUGUAGAGAUCUUCUAAGCGACGAUAUCACCACAGCAUCGAUAUGUGCCAAAACGAUUUACAAACAACAAAAUUUUAGCGCUUGGCUCGGAUGGGUGAACGAAUGCCAUCACCAUAUGCUACCAAAUCUCAAUUGUAAAGGAUUGUGAAAUCAAAAUCGAUAAUAGUAAUAAUAUUUAUUAUUCUCCACAACAUACAUAUUUCAUAUUCUAACAGAACUUUAUUACUUUACAAUAAAAAACCAAAAUUAGUUUUAUAACAAAAAGCAAACUACAACUUUUAGGUAUUAUAUUUAUUUAUGAGCAUAAUAAACUAUUUUACGAAAAAAAGUAAAGUGAAUAUCACACUAAUAACAUAUAUAUUAUGUAUACAUAACAAAUACAAAAUUUAGAACAAUCUAUUAGCUUAUUUCUAAUUGUUGUGCCGUUCAUUAUUUUAUUUAACAAUAUUUUAUUAAUAAAAAAUAUAUUUAAGUGUGUAUAUCAAUUGUCUAGUAUCUAUAAAAUAAGCUCGGCUUAGUUUAGGACUAGAUGACGCUAUGAAAUGUAGGUAUAUUGCAUUUUUUAUAUAUGGACGUCUGCUGCUAAAGAAAGAGGUGUUUAAAGCUUUAAAUUUGAUAAUUAAAUUAAUAAUUCCAAGUGAAAGAACAAUUUUAACUUCUAACUAUUAAGUUGCAUGGCUGAAAACUACUCGCUAAACUGGGCUAUGGAGUCAAUGACAUUUUGCUUCAUUAUAUCACUGGGUAGAGUAAAAAAUUACAAUAUAUAAAAUAGUUGCGUACACUAUUCGACUAAACUACAUGUCUAAGUAUGAUUUCAUUUCUUUUGAAUCUGCUCGAGUGACUGUUAUAUCCCAAUCCCAAAGUAUUCCUGUGAGAAAUAUAGCACAGAUAGCGCUAUAUUUACUAAAUAGUAGAAAGAUACUAUUAUUUAGUGAUAGAUUUUUUAGAAUGGGUUUAGUAAUUCCAGAGAUUAUUCCUCACAAAUAAAUCAAAUCUAUAAAAUAGCAAUAUUACACUAGACACGGUCAUGUAUUUGUACAGUACAUAUAUUGAGAAAAUUAACAAUAUCACUAAAUAAAAAUAUGAAAAAAUAUAAUUAUUGCAUAUUAUAUUGUUUAACAAAAAAAAAUGCUAUUACUUAUGAAAUUAAAUUGCAAAGUUAAUAUGUUAUAGGUAAACAUUAUUUUUUCUUUAACACAAAUGUUAUGGACAUAAAGCUAAUGAUUUUAAUACAGUAAUAUGUAAGUAUUAUAAUAAAAUAAAGAAUAAUCGUAGUUUCACAUUUUAUUUGCAAGUUUCUUAUUUAUUUUUUAAUGGAUUGAUAUAAUACAGAUACAUAUAAUUAUUGGAAAUAAUGACAUAAAUAAUUGUAGAAAAUUACACCGAGUUAAACACGAAACUGUUAUUUAUAAAUACCAACAUACAAAAUUGAUUGAUACGUUAUAUAUUUUACCUGUAGAAUAAUACAAUCAAUAUUAUAUGCAAUAGUUAUAAUAUUAUAUUAUAUAUACUUAAAUAAAAUGAUAACAAAAUAUCUAUAAAAGAUAAUAAAAUACAAUCACAACAUGUUUCAUUAAUGUAAUACAAUUUCUGAAGAGAAAUUCAUAAAAAUAUACGAGAUUCAUAAUAAUUAUCACAAUAUUAUUUAGACUUAGACUAUGUCAUAGUAAAAUUAAAUUUGAUUAAAAUUAUAUGACGACAAUAGUUUAGCAGUUCAACACACCAAACACCUUCUGAUAGUUGCAGAUUUUUUCUUAUAUGUCUCUUAUAUCAGUUUUUUUGUACUUGUAGUACAAACUACAUAAUUGGGGGCUAGAUGGUGUGACAUAAGUUUAAGGAUAAUUAACUAUCAUAUAAUUAUAAAUAAUAGUCAUUGUGCUUAAAUUAAUAAUUGAAGUGUACAAAAAAAUACUCUUUAAGGUAAGCAAUACUGCUGUUUUAGUAAUACUUUCUUGAUACCUGUUAAAUUAUAUCAGUAAUUUAUAUUUUUCUUUUAUAAUAGUUUAGGAUUUUAAUAAAUACAUAUUAUAAAACAAUGAAGUAGAUCUACUUCAUUGUUUUAUAAUAUGUAUUUAUUAUUUCAUUUGUAUUUUAUAUCGUCAUAGUCAUAGAAUACUGACGGAUCUUUAUAUGGUAAUCUUUGUC